GUCACACGGUAUUUGUUUAUUCUUGUUGAUCACGACGAUUUUCCAGUAAUACCUGCGGUUUCCAUAUUUUUUCCGUUCCCGAUUUUAUUCAUAUUUCUCAAAAAUUCUUGCCCCUUCCCUUAUCACCGCUAUAAAAACGAGGAAAAACCCGAACAAUUAGAAUAGUUUAGUCGAGGAGAUCGAGCGUGGAAGGCGAAUAGGGCGUCCUCGUUUAAUUUUAAAACAUUCGAGUUAUGUGACGGAGCACAGAUGGCUGAGCCGACGAGGAUAAGAAAAGUGUGCGUGAUAGGAGCUGGCGCUGCCGGUUUGUGCGCUGCCAGGCACUUUGCGCGAGAUUUCAAUUUCGAGGUGAGCGUUUACGAGCAAACGGGCUGUGUCGCCGGCACGUGGGUUUACACCGAGGGAACCGGCCUAGACGAGAACGGGUUGCCUAUACACUCGAGCAUGUACAGGAAUCUGAGGACCAACCUGCCCGCGAGAAUCAUGAACUUUCCCGAUUAUCCGACGAUGAACGCCGUGGAGCCUUGUUGCGUGACGCACCAGCAAGUUCGUGCUUACCUGGAGAACUACGCGAAGCAUUUCGCUUUGCUCGAACACAUCCAGUUUAACACGCGAGUAAAAUCGGUUCGACUGGACACCUCUUGGCCAGGUGGCGAAGACAAGUGGAUGGUUCGGAUCGAAAGGUUGAAAACGAAGCAGGAGGAGAAGAUCGUUUACGACGCUGUCAUGAUCUGCAACGGGCAUUACUUCGAUCCCAACAUGCCGAACGUGCCCGGAAUCGAGACCUUUUCAGGGACGGUGAUGCACAGUCAUUCCUAUAGAAAGCCGGAAGAUUUCACCGGGAAGACGGUGUUCGUGUUGGGUGCAGCCUCCUCGGGGAUCGACAUAGCGAUCGAUCUGGCAGAUCACGCGACUCGAGUGUAUUUGAGCCACAACAACAACAGGUUGAAGAGCACGUUGCCAGCGAACGUGUCGGAGGUGAUGGGCCUGGCGAGAGUAGACGGUCUCCGGUUCCAUUUGAAAGAUGAGACCGCCGUUACCGCGGACACGUUCAUUUUUUGCACCGGGUACAAGUUCACUUUCCCGUUCCUCGACGAAACCUCUGGGAUUCGCGUCGACGACAAUCACGUGGCACCGUUGUACAAGCACUUGAUCAACAUCGAUCAUCCGACGAUGUGCAUCGUCGGGAUACCCACCAUCGUGAUACCGUUUCCCAUGUUUCACGUGCAAGUACAAUACUUCCUGGCUUUGCUGAAGAACAAAGCGGGUUUGCCGUCGAGAUCGGUGAUGCUGGAAGACUCGAAACUGAAGACCGGGAAGAAGUGGCACGCGCACAGAUUGAUGGACAAGCAGUGGGAGUACAAUAACUCGUUGGCGGAUGCAGGCGGCUUCGAGCGCCUGCCGUGGUACUACAAGCGCGUCUUCGAAAAAUGGGCCAGCCUGAGGAUGAUGGACCUGCUGCGCUACAAGUCGGCGAAGCUGGUCAUCUGCGAGGACGGGGAGUCCGUCGAGUUGGUCAUUCGCCAGAAUGAUCAAUAAAAUGUCUUUUAUCGGAGGAAUAAAUCGGAAAGAUAUUGCAAGGUUAAAUUUUAUUUUUACGGAGCAAAUAGAAUAGAAAGGUUGAGAACGUUCGAAUCACUUA